GAAAAUACAAAAGAAUGUUGAUUAUUUAAACAGCUGAUUUACCUAUUUGAGAAAUCGCUCAUGUUGUAAACACAAGACAAAAAUGGUCAAGGCCACAACAUGUUGUCAUAUUCAAUAAUUUCACUUUAUAUCAAGAAACAUUGAAGAUCAUCUAAUGGAUAAUGAAAAGGGCAUUUAGAAGCAGUCAUGCCCGUUUCUCCACGAAAAAGGCCGUCUGUCCGCGAGGACAUUAACCCUGGGCCCAGCAAUGCAGGAGCCUUGGUUGCCAAGAACCAUUCCAUUAAACUUAUGAGAGGUCUGCAGGAGUUCCACAAGGAGGAGACAUUCUGUGACUAUGUCCUUGUUGCCGAAAGCCAGACGUUUAAGGUUCACAGGGUUGUGAUGGCAUCAUGCAGUGACUACUUUAAGGUGAUGUUGACGGGGGAAAUGAAGGAGAGCCGAGAAGGUCAGGUUGACCUGAAGGGCGUGUCUGCCAAAGGGUUGAAGGUCGUCAUUGACUUUGCCUACACAGGAAUAAUGGGGUUGACAGUUGAAAAUGUAGAGGAAGUGUUGUCUGCAGCCACCCACCUUCAAGUGACGGAUGCGGUAGAGCUCUGUAGCAAAUACAUCGAGUCCUCCCUUACCAUAGAAAAUUGUGUAGAUGUCCUAAACUUGGCUGAACUAUAUUCCCUGCACGCAACUUAUAAAAAAGCUCAGCUCUUUAUGCUUGAGCAGUUCGAAAUGAUGGCAAAGUCAGGACAGUAUCAGAAACUCAACGAUCGGCAACUUGCUCAGUUACUGGAAGAUAAUCGGUUACAGAUCGCAUCAGAAUAUCACCUAUUUGAGUUGGUCGUGCGAUGGAUGAAAGGUAAAAAGGACAGAGAUCAGUUUGUAGCGGCGUUGAUGAAGAAUGUGCGACUGCCUCUCCUGUCAGGAGAAGAGCUGGUGGAAAAAGUGAGUACUGUGCCCCUAAUGCGCGAAAAUAACGAGUGCCAUGAAUUGUUGACAGAAGCUAAGGACUACCAUAUAGUUGUGAGCAAACAGCCCCUGUUGCAGAGCAAAAGAACUCAAGUUAGGGCAAGUGAGAAAUGUCUCGUGAUGUGCCACAGGGAAAAUUUAGAGUACUUUAACUUGUCAAACAUGCACCAUGGUUUUUUACGCGAUGCUACAAUCCAGUUGUAUCAUCCGGCGGUUGUGGUAGUGGAUAAUUUCAUGUACGCAUGUGGUGGGAAGUAUGAUUUUAACGAGAAUAAUGAAAUAGCUACAGCGCGCUGUUUUAGGUAUGAUCCGAGGUUUGAUACAUGGUAUGAGCUCACUUCCAUGAAUGAGGCACGAAAAGACUUUGUUUUACUGGCAGACGACAAAAAUCUAUAUGCAGUAGCAGGUCAGGAUGAAAACCUGGUCAUGUGUACAGUUGAAAUGUUCGAUAUUGCUUCAAAUGAGUGGGAGGUGAAGGCGUCCAUGAAUCACUCUGUUUAUGGACAUGCCGGGGCAGUGUGUGACGGAAAAUUGUACAUCUCUGGUGGACAAAAGUUUGAUGGCUGCUGCAGUGACCUUGAGAUGUACGACCCCAGAAUGGACCUCUGGGAAAAGCGCUCUCCGAUGAACAAUGCACGCUUGAAUCACAACAUGGUGACAGUGAAUUUCCGUAUCUUUAGCAUGUGCGGUAAUAUUGAAGACAGCAUGGGCUUUCCGGUACCGGUGAUAACAAUAGAGUAUUACACGCCUUCAAAAGAUCAGUGGACAGUGUGCACAAAAACUAUGAAUAUUCGCGAAGCAGGGGCUUGCUUGAUUGAUGACAAGAUAUACAUCGUCGGAGGCAUCAAUGGAGAACAUUAUUAUUCAGACAUUGUACAAUCCUUCACACCAGCCACGGAGCAGCUUAAGAUUGUUGAGAAGUUUUCUACCCGGUUACAUGGUCGAGCGUGCUGUGUGCUCACAUUGCCUCAGUAUUUGUGAGCUCCAGCCAAAUGGCUUAUAAGUCAAGGAUCUGUAAUUUAUGGAAAAGUUUUUCCACUACCAUUUUGUUAUGGGGAGUAGUUUAAUUAUUGAAAAUGUUAAACAUUAUGUAAGGGUUAGUAAAAAUAAGUGCUACACUUUUGAUUCCAAUUGAAGAUUUAAGUAUAUAAAAGUACUACGUUUAUUUUUUGAUGCAAUUGAAGAGUUUAUUAGUUUGUGUUAGUUGUGAGAAGCAAAAGUUUUAUUUUAAAAUUUAUUUUUCUCUAAUUUGUAAACAGUUGAAUAAUGAUGGAAAAUGUAGAAAACACCGGUUGUACAAAAAAUAAGUGUGAUACAGACAUUGUCAUUCAGCAUGUCAUGCAUUUAUUUUUGACAUUGUUUUGUUCUAGCUUCUCAAGGUUUAUUUAGAAAUGUGAGACAUACGUUUUGCCUUAGUUAUAUUAAAUAGUUUUAAACUGCCUAGUCAAAAGGGAAUGUACUAGGGGGGAAUUGAUCAAGACUCGUAGGAGAGAGACUUACAACUGUGCAGGGUCCAUGUUCAUGAAUGUCCUGAGUCCAAGUUUCUGACUCAGGCUCAGAAAACUAAAUUCUUAAAUGUUUCAACACAACUAUAAUGUACAUGUAGCUCAUUUUGACAAAAGAUAUGAGUCUGAAUGUAGAACAUAUUAUUUGUCAAAGAUAAAGUAAUUUUUACUAUCUUUGCUGCUGUAGUAGCAUUUUUACAGCAAAAUCAAAAAUUUGCUUUUCCGAGUCUGAUCAGUUUCAAACUCGAAAUCAAGAUGUUUGUGAUUAUGAACGCAUGUUAACUGUUGAAAAUCUCAUCUAGUGUUGCAUUUGCUCCUACGAUUAUUGAUGAAACCACCUCCUACUAUGUGGCAGAUCUAAGAUCAUUUUCAGGAGAACUUAUAAUAAUAUAAGUUAAGCAGCUGAAGGUAUAUCUGCUUGUUUCUACCUGAAAUAAUUUUGUAUAUUGAUUUUCAAAGUUUGUUUGUUUUUUUCUGUUUUUCUUUGAACUAUAUCAAUGUUUGAUUUGUUUUGGUUAAAGUUUUUUUCCCUCCAUCUUAACCCUACGGUCAUCAUUGGAGUGUUUGGUAAUUCUUAUGUUUCUCACUGAAUAUUUUCCCUAUGAAUGAAUGGCGUUAUUAGAGCAUCUGUUAUUCAAGGGAAAAAAAGAUGAGAUAUUGUGAUAGCCUUGGUGUCGUUAUCAGUGUUGGCGCUGUUGUGCAAAAACUUCAAACUUGGCCAUAACAGAAAUGAAUCUUGGUAUACAAUUUUCCAUAGCUAAUGUUAAGGAGGGCCCAUAAAUCAGGCUUCGAUAAUUGUCAGGUUAUGCCCCUUAUAUUAGACUGGUAAAAACAGUCUUAUGUAAGACUGGUAAAAACAGUCUUAUAUUAGACUGGUAAAAACAGUCUUAUAUUAGACUGGUAAAAACACAAACAAUGAACGUUAGCUUUCACUCCACAGCACUCUUGUUAUUUAUUACUUUUUGAGGUUUAUUUGUGUUGAUAUACAAUAUUUUGCGAUAUAAUUAUAGUAUCAAUCAAGAAUUCUUUGCUGAAUAAUUAAAUUCAUUUUAUUACCAUACCAAAACAUCAUACAUAAAAAUAUUAUUAUCAAUUUGUCACGGUGUCAAUUAUUUUGUAUAUCUGUUACAAUGCUGAAACAUAAAGUAAAUUUAAAAAAAUAUUAUUAUCAAAUUUCCACAUUACUUAUUUAUGAUAGUUUAAUAAGCAAGUGGCUUGUGCCAUACAUUGCUGUAGAGCUGAAUCUAGCUGAUGUAAACUUAUAUUAGUAGAUUGUGAAAGGAGGGUUUGUUUAAGCAUUUCAAGUGAUAUAGGCAACAAUUGACCCUGUGACAUUAGUAUAUAGAAAUCAUAAGAAAUGGACCAUUUCCUGUUUACAAGAAGUUUUACAAGUUUCAAAACAGAUACUCAAUAAUGACCUUAUUGUUUUACAUAAUUUGUUUAAUUGUUUUUUACUCGCAGCAAAUAUUAACUAUGUAACAUGUAUUAUUUUGCAUGCGGCAUAUUUUCUGUAAUGUUGGAUGUUUCUGCUUCCUCUUUCCUGCUAAAUAUUGUAUUUUUUGUAAAAUUGACGCAACUUUAGUCAUGGAUACCAGUUAUUAUUAUUAUUUUAUGUAAUCCGGUGGUUUAUAGAGAUUCAUCAGUGAAAUAAAAUUGAUAUUUCACUGUUUUAAAUUGAAUUCAAAUUGACGUUAAGUGUGCAUUCAAACUGGCUAACUCCUUUAAAAAAAAUGUAGAAAAAAUGACCUUUAAUUCCAAUUUUAGGCAUUAAAUAAAAAAGGUUAAUUGUUUGUUUCUGUGUAAUAUAGCAAUAUAUUUCACUUCAUGAACACCAAAAGUGAAUACAAAUUUUGGUGCAACUAUCCAUAAUUUUUGUGCGCUUGAUUGCUUCAUUAUAUGAUUUCUGGUGGUUGAUAUGUAAAAUCACAAUUAUAUUUCACUGUUUCAAACAGAGAAAAUAUCUAUUUCAUCUUUUACACUGUUUUGAACAUCAAGUACGUUUUACUAUCAAAAUCAAGAAUCAGCGCUUACACGGCUGGGACACAAUAUCAAUCAAGUCAUUUCUGCAACGAUGUUACCUACGCAUACAGUUUAGUGCGGGUUUUUUUUUAAAAUCCUUUAAGUGUAUUAAAGUGUGUUUUAAAUGCUGCUUUUAGGCAUAUAAUGAAAAAAAUGUUUGUGUCAGUGUAAGUCAGGGAUAAGUUAUAUAGAUCUAGUCCAGUUUCUUGAAAUAUCUCAAGUAUUUACUUAACUUGGAAAGUUUUUAAAACGCUGUAUACUGGUGAAAGGUAAAAGCAGAGGAACUUAUUCUUGCCAAACUUCUGAUUUUCUCUUUUGUAGGAGGUCAUUAAUGUAUAAACCAAUCCAGAACUUAAAAUUUUUGAGUAAUUAUUCAAUUACUUUUCUUGCUAUAAAAGUAACUUUCUUCAAAAUAAUAACCACACAUUUAUAUAAAAAUAAUUGAUGGGACAAAAAAAGUAAAAACACUUCCUUUUAACCAUGCCAAGCUGUGGUUACGGUAAUGAAUGAGUUGAAUGAAUUGUUAAGUAAAUAUUUUUUUUAAAACUUGGACCAGAGAUGCUUCAUGUCACUGCUGUAUUGUUUGCUGAAAUGGAUAUUAAUUACACUUUUCUUUACUUGGACAUCAUACCUUUAUGAGCAAUACAGUAUGAACUUGUGCUGUAAUGUUAGUUGACACUUAUAGUUUGUAUGAUGACAUUACAUUAUUAUGCCCCCCUUCGAAGAAGAGGGGUAUAUUGCUUUGCACAGGCAUGUCGGUCCGUCGGUAGACCAAAGCUUGUCCGAGUGAUAACUCAACAAUUCCUGAACGUAUGGUCAUCAAAUUUCACAUGAAGGUUGGGCCUGACCAGUAGAUGACCCCUAUUGAUUUUGGGGGUCAUCGGGUCAAAGGUCAAGGUCACAGUGACCUUUAAUGGUAAAAUAAUUUUAAAGCUUGUCUGAGUGAUAACUCAACAAUGCCUGCACCCAUGGCCCUCAAACUUGACAUGGAGGUUGGGCCUGACCAGUAGAUGACCCCUAUUGUUUUGGGGGUCAUCAGGCCAAAGGUCAAGGUCACAGUGACCUUGAAUGGUAAAAGGUCGUCCGAGUGAUAACUUGACAAUGCCUGCACCCAUGGCCCUCAAACUUGACUUGGAGGUUGGGCCUGACCAGUAGCUGACCCCUAUUGUUUUUGGGGCUCAUCGGGUCAAAGGACAAGUUCACAGUGACCUUGAAUGGUAAAAGGUUGUCCGAGUGAUAACUCAACAAUGCGGGCACCCAUGGCCCUCAUAAUUGAAUUGGAGGUUGGGCCUGACCAGUAGAUGACCCUUAUUGUUUUUGGGGGUCAUCGGGCCAAAGGUCAAGGUUACAGUGACCUUGAAUGGUAAAAGGUUGUCAGAGUGAUAAUCGACAUGCCUGCACCCAUGGCCCUCAUAAUUGAAUUGGAGGUUGGGCCUGACCAGUAGAAGACCCCUAUUGUUUUUGGGGGUCAUCGGGCCAAAGGUCAAGGUCACAGUCACCUUGAAUGGUUAAAGGUUUUCCGUGUGAUAACUUGACAAUGCCUGCACCCAUGGCCCUCAAACUUGACUUGAAAUUGGGCCUGACCAGUACAUGACCCCUUUUGUUUUUGGGGGUCAUCUGGCCAAAGGUCAAGGUCACAGUCACCUUGAAUGGUAAAAGGUUGUCCGAGUGAUAACUCGACAAUGCCUGAACCCAUGGCCCUCAAACUUGACUUGGAGAAUUGGCCUGCCCAGGAGAUGACCCCUUUUGUUUUUGGGGGUCAUCUGGCCAAAGGUCAAGGUCACAGUGACCUGGAAUGGUAAGAGGUUGUCCCAGUGAUAACUCGACAAUGCCUGCACCCAUGGCCCUCAAACUUGACUUGGAGGUUGGGCCUGGCCAGAAGAUGGUCCCUAUUGAUUUUAGGGGUCAUUGGGCUAAAGAUCAAGGUCACAGUGACCUGGAAUGGUAAAAGGUUAUCCGAGUGAUAACUCAACAAUGCCUGAACCCAUGGCCUUCAAACUUGACUUGGAGUUGCAUCUGACUUGUAGAUGACCCCUUAUGAUUUAAGGGGUCAUUGGGUCAAAGGUCAAGGUCACAGUGACCUUGAACGAAAAAAAAUUGUCUGUGUGAUAACUUGACAAUGCCUGCACCCAUGGCCCUCGAACUUGACAUUUAGGUUUCUGGUGACCAGCUGAUGACUCUGGAUUUUGAGUUCAUAGAGUCAAAGGUCAUGGUCAUAACACACUCUAUCCUCACACUUUAAUGGUCAUAAUGUUAAAACUGCCUUAACGGCAACAAAUCAGCUGUCAUUUUGGUCCAUGCAUAUUUCAUUCAAUUGUCCAUAUAAUCCUGACAACAUGGCGCUCAGGGGGGGCAUAAUGUUUGACAAACAUCUCUUGUAUAAUCAGGGGUUCUGAAGUUCAGGAUUAAUCCUAAAAUCAGGAUUGAGAAUUAUUGUACAGUUUUAGAGCUUGUUUUUAGCUGGGACAUUUGUAAUAAAAAAAAGUAGAAAGUACCUUGAAAUGAAUAUAUUGUUAAUGAAUUUGGAAACAAUUUCAAAAGGGGUCAUAACCCCUUUACCUGGCUUUAGGAAUGAAUCCCUCAUACUCAAACAGACCCUCAGCUAUUGUUCAGUAUUGACAAUUAUCAGCUGUUAGAACCACUGUAUAAAUCGAGGGCUCAACGCAAUACUGUCGUAACUCCAUUUUUCAAAAUUGUUCAGGAGAAGGAAAAAACUUUCUUAAUUUAUUUGUGUUGGA